AUGUGGCCACCCAAAGGGGCAAGUUUCACCUUACUGCUCUCAAGGACUGGAGCCGUGGGCUUCAUGCUUUUCCAGCUGGUGAGCCCAGACCCGACCUGUGAAGAAAAUGAAACGUGCGUAAAUCAAGAUGAACAACCCCUCAGUCCCUGGUACAUCUGGUGCCUCAUGCUGCUCUCUCUGGUCACCAUUGUAAGCUGUGUGGUGCUGGUGUGCCUCCAGUGUUGGCUGAAGAGGUGUUACCCCUGUCCCACUGGACGCACUGUGGCGGUGUUUGCUGUCAAUGACAUCGAGUUCACUUCUGGAAGAGAAGCAGUCCCAGGUCCAACAGCAAGUGUUGACCUCCAUUCUCCACACUCUGAAAUGUAUCCUGUGUCCUGUAUUGUACCUUUCAGCCCCCCACCUCCAUAUGAAGAUACCCAGAAGACAAGAAGAUUGUAA